AUUCAAAGGUCUAGAAAGACUGAGUGGUGGAUACAGUCUUUUGGUAGGACUUUUGAACUUGUCACAUUCACAGGACCCUCAAGAUGUCCUUCUCCUCUCAACCCGUUGUCAUCGAUGGCAAGGGCCAUCUCCUUGGACGAUUGGCCUCGAUCAUCUCCAAGCAGAUUCUGAGCGGUCAAAAAGUUACCGUUGUCCGAUGUGAGGAGAUCAACGUUUCUGGAUCCUUCUUCCGAAACAAGCUCAAGUACCACGACUACCUUCACAAACGCCACAUCGUCAACCCAAAAAAGUCGGGUCCUUUCCACCACAGAGCGCCUUCAAGGAUCCUCUACAAAGCUAUCCGAGGAAUGGUCCCUCACAAAACCCCCCGAGGUGCUGCCGCCCUUAAGCGUCUGGAACUGUACGAGGGUAUCCCUCCCGCCCAGGCGAAAGUCAAGCGAAUGGUUGUUCCCGCUGCUCUCCGUGUCUUGCGAUUGAAGCCAGGCAGGAAGUACUGCACCCUGAAACGUGUGUCACACGAGGUUGGAUGGGGUCACAAAGACGUUGUGGACAGACUCGAGGAGAAGAGAAAGGUCAAGGGUCAGGCUUACCACGAGCGCAAGCAAGCUGCGCUCAAGAUCCGGGCCAACGCUGAGAAGUCUGUCGCUCCUAACGCUUUGCUCACCCAGUACGGAUACUAGGGUGAUGUAGACUUGGAUAGCAGUGUACUUUGGCGGUGAUGCAUCACGAUAUAGCACUUAGGGGAAAGCCUUCUGGAAUCUCUCAGGAUAAGAUCAGCUCUGAUUUUAG